AUGGGGCUUGCUUCGGCCAUGAAGGCCUUAACCGCUGUGGUAUGCGAUACAUUCGCCCUCUUCGGUUACACCAAGCGCUGGUACAUGUUUGCCUCGUGCGUGAUGGGCAGUGCGUUCGCGCUGCUCUACGCCCUGCUGCCCGCCAAUCCGUCGUCUGGUGACAUUGCUGCCUCCUUUAUCUUUCUGAGUUACUAUGGCAUAGCGAAUGUGGACAUUCUUUCCGAAGGCUAUUACAGUCGUCUGGUACGUAACCUCCCCAAGGCUGGGCCGGCGCUGGUGAGCUGGGUUUGGUGGUUUGUAAGAUCCGGAAGCACUGUAGGCACAAUGAUCCAGGGUCCGUUAGGCGAUCUUAAUAUGCCACAAGUUGGGGUGUUCAUCGCCGCUUGGUUACAGUUCCUUGCAUCUUUGAUCUACCUCUUCAACCUGUACGGCGAGAAGACGAACCACGAGGAGCGGAUUGGGGAUGCAUGUAAUAUACACAAGGAGCUACUCCUGGAGCUUGAGAAGGGGAAAACCCUAAGCCGCACAGAGAGGAAGGAAGGCAGUCUCGAUGUGGAUCAGGGAAAGGCUCUAGAGUUGGAGGCGAUCCCAGAGCUUCUGCUGCCGCAGCCGAUCAGCAGUUGCUGUGGACUUAUCGAGAUCAACAAGGAGGUCAUCAUGCGGAACAAGAAGGUUGUUGCAUACAGUGUUGUCAUGACAACCGCUGUCAUAACCAUGGGUUUCGUCAACAUAUUUGCAGAUACUCUAGGGUUGCUUAUUACCUGCGUAGUGGUGUCGUUGGUGUGCUCUGCGAUGUCCUUCUGGGCACUGCCGUCCAUUAUUGCAAAGGCUAGUGUAUUUAUUUAUUUAAGUUCGGUAGUCUGUAUAAAUUUACCUGGGAUCGACAAGUUCUACAUCGCUGGACCCGAUUGUGUGCCUGGUGGGCCGCACUUCUCUUUGACAUUCAUGUACACUGUAUGCACCGUCCUCCUUACCGUGUCGAGUUUAACCGGUAUUUUGGUGUUCAACUACUUUUUCUCAAAGUCCAACUACCGCAAAAUCAUGAUCAUUACCACGGUCGUACUCACACCUUUUGUGUUUCCUGAGGUCAUCAUGCUCAAGCGUUGGAAUAUACAGAUCGGCAUUCCCGAUUACCUCUUUUACAUCGGUACCAGUACUAUCAUUUCACCACUGGUCAAAAUGAUUUCAUGGAUGGCAGCGGUAAUACUGCUGUCACGUUUGUGUCCGCGCGGCUCCGAGAGCACGGUGUAUGCGCUCCUAGCCAGCUUUGGCAAUCUCGGCUUCACCACCGGCACCUCGAUAGGUGCCAUCCUGAUGGAGUAUGUGUGGCCCAUCAAAAGUAAUCCGCCGUGCGACUUCAAGAACGCCGUGAAGCUCGUCAUUGUCUGUCACAUUAUCCUGCCGCUUCUGGUCAUCCCGAUGACCCUGUUGCUGCCAAACGUCCGUGUGUCUGACGAGAUCGAUAUCAAUGGCAACGUGGUAUCGAAAAAGACAGACGAAGAGCCCUACGUGAAACCUGCCAGGAACAGCAACGAGGUUCACUGA